UCCAAACAUAAACACACAUGCGCCUUAUCACUGGUACAGGCAGAAGACAAACAGGUCAUUAUGCACUACUUGCACCAGUAUAAUGGAGAAUGUACAGUCAGAACAAAGGGAGGAAAUGUCAUUUGAACAAAAUAUUUCUCAAGAUUUCAACACGAAUGGGAUUUCAGGCUUUCACCAUCAAACAUUUGGACAAGAGAGAUGUGGAUCUGCAUUUCCACUCCACCGACUGGUUACUCUGGGCCUGCUGAAUGCAGUUCUGCUGAUAGCUGCUGUUGUCAUUGGGAUUUACUGUUCCAAAGGCGAUCACCUUCAGGUUCCUCAUUCAGCUGCUACACCCCUCCUCUUUGAGAUCGACUAUCUCCGCAAUCACAGUGACAUCAUCAUCAGAGCUAAAUUGGACGCCCAGACACAAUUAGUGAAAGUGCGUGCCAGCCAUCUGCAGCUAAAGCUCCAAGUGAUGCAGACUAAGACCCUCAACGACCACGUUCAGAGACAGAUUGAGACCCUACAAACAGAGAGGACAAAUCUGCAGUAUAAUAAAACCACUAUGGAGGAAUCAUGUGGUAGAUGCCCUAAAGGAUGGAGUCUUCUUAAAUCCUCCUGCUAUUACUUUUCUCACCAUGUGUCCAACUCCAAAAAGAAUUGGCUGGAUAGCAGAGCAAACUGUAUUAGUCAAGGAGGCGACCUACUCGUAAUUAAUAACUUGGAGGAGCAGCAAACCAUAGGUGACAACUUCCCAAAGGGGAAAAGCCAUUUGUGGUGGCAGAACGGACAUUGGAUCGGCCUCACUGACGUACUGACAGCAGGAACAUGGGUCUGGGUCAACAAUGUGACUGAGGUUGAAACAAUGUAUUGGAGAAGUGGACAUCCUGCCACUGAUGGAGUUCUGAGGGGGAACUGUGCUGCUUUUAUUUACUUUGCAAGUGAGAGGACAUGGUAUAAUGGAAACUGCCUUACCCUUCUAUUGAACUGGAUAUGUGAAAUGGAUCCAAGCUAAACAUUAAACCUCUCAAGUGGAAAUCACAAUAACAGGAGAAAUCAUUUUUGUCAAUGCAAACGUUUUCAAAUAAGCAAACUGCAGCUCCAU